AUGCAACUUUUUUUUGAUGACGCUCGAGCUGAAGAACUCGAGCAACUCAAGCAAGCAAAUGAGCUGAAACGAAUGAAGCAGGAGUUUGAAGAAGGUAAGGUGCCCAGCACAGCUGCUGAAGAACUGCAGCAUGCCAAAGCUGCUAUUGCAGAAGAGCGCCAGAAGCUCACCGAGAUCGGGAAGGUUGGUUUGUUUCUAUACAAUACUGUUCGUAAUAAUAAACUGCUGUAUUUGUUCCAUAUAUACAAAGUAUAUUCACGAAGAACGGAAUGUUUUCGUGUGUCCCAUUCACGCUGA